AUGGGUGAAAAUGCAACAGGAGAAAAUACUCAGAAGGAUAGGAACAAGAAGUGGGAGAUGGCAUUCACAGCUCGGAUGAGGCAGACUGUCCCUGGUCUCUUCCUGGGAAAUAUUGAGGCAUCAUACAAACAGGAAAUGCUUCAAGAGAACCAUAUCAACGCAAUUGUCUCUCUCACUGAUGCUCGAUGGGUGUGGUGGAAUACCAUUACAAGAGAGGCAGGCGUUCCAGAACAUCAUCACAAAUGGGUUCAGUGUGCAGAUUCGUCGACCCAAGACCUCCUCGCCCAUAUGAGUGAUAUUUGCGACUUCAUUGACCAAAUGGCAUCCCCAGCUCUUUCCUCAUUGCACUCCUUACCCGUCGAGUGCAAACAUAAAACAAAUGACAAGCAGCACAAUGCAGCUUUGGAGGCGAUAUUAAUUCACUGUGAUCUUGGAAUAUCACGCUCGCCGACUAUUAUCAUUGCCUAUCUCAUGCGCAAAUUAAACAUGCAGCAAGCAGAUGUAUUGCAUUUUGUUCAAUCAAAGCAGAAAAUCAAACUGAGCACGAAUUUUACUCGUUAA